AUGGUGUUCAUCGAUGACAUUUUGGUGUAUUCUAAGUUGGAGGACGAGCACGACGAGCAUUUAAGAGUGGUUUUGCAGAUCCUUCGUGAGAAACAGUUGAUCUGUGUACCUAAUGAUGAGGAUUUGAGACUGUCAAUUUUGAAGGAGGUACAUAGUAGCCCUUACGCUAUGCAUUCUGGUGGGAAUAAGAUGUAUAAGGAUCUCCAAGAAUUGUACUGGUGGCCAAGGUUGAAACGUGAAGUGACAGACUAUAUUGCUCUUUGUUUGACUUAUCAGCAGGUUAAGGCUGAGCACCAGUUACCUUCAGAAACAAAGGAUAAGGUCUGUUUGAUUCGAGAACGUCUAAAAGCAGCUUCUGGUAGACAGAAGUCCUAUGCUGAUCUAAAGAAGAAGGACAUCGAGUAUUCUAUAGGGGAUAUGGUUUUCCUUAGGGUCUUACCAUGGAAAAAAGUUCUAAGGUUCGGUCGCAAGGGAAAGCUAAGCCCUCAGUUUAUUGGGCCGUACUGGAUUCUGAAGCGAGUAGGGCUAGUCGCAUAUCAGUUGGAGCUACCUUCAGAGUUAGAUUACAUACAUGACGUGUAUGUCUCGAUGUUGAGACGUUACCACUCUAAUCCUAGGCUCAUUGUGCUCGUGGAGCAGAUUGAGAUGAGACUAGAUCUGACGUUCGAAGAGGAGCCUAUUCAGAUUCUAGAUCGUGACGUUAAAGUCUUACAUAGGAAGUCUAUUCCCUUGGUGAAUGUGCAGUGCUGGAAUCAUAGCACUGAGGAGGUUACUUGGGAGUUAGAGGAUUCGAUGCGGCAGCAGUAUCCUCACCUUUUCUGA